AUAAAACAAAUAUCAUAACAAAACAACUUAUUCAAUUACUUCAUUAAUGAUUUCAUCAGAAUGCUAGGAACUAAACAAGUUGUUCUUAAAACCUUUUGUAAUAAAAAACCUGUUAGGAUUUCAUACGGCCUUGUUGAUAGCCAAUUUGGCGACAUUGUAUUGGGUUUCCUUAAAGAUUCGAAUGACGCAAUUUGCUAUUUACACUUUGCUAAAAGUGAAGACAAGGAGAAUAGAACAAAUAAUUAUGAGUCGCUGCUGCAGAAACGUUGGCCAAAUGCUUUGCUUUUAGAAGACUUGAGGCAAGCGCGAAUUCUGRCUGAUAGAAUAUUUAGUAACGAAGAAAUGAUACUAAAUGUUGUGGUAUCUGGUACCCCAUUUCAAGAGGCAGUGUGGAAUGAAUUGUUAAAAAUACCUUCUGGUCAGACAUGUACUUAUGGAGACAUCGCAAAUAGAAUUGGAAAACCGAAUGCAGUACGCGCAGUAGGUACAGCUGUUGGUAGUAAUGAAAUAUCUAUCGUAAUUCCUUGUCAUCGUGUGGUGUCAAAGAACGGUGAUAUAAAAUAUGGAGGUGGGAGAACGCGCAAAAUUCAUUUGCUGAAGUACGAAAAGGAAAAUUCACUAAGUGGAAACUAAACUGAGGCAUUCUUGUACCUGUUAAAGAAUAUGUUUACCAAUAAACUACUAAAAAUCUAAAUAAUUGCAUAAAAUGUAGUAUUGUAGCUGAAAUUAUGUAAAUAGUAUAAAUUCUCCUCAAGUCCCUCAUAAAAAAAACGUGUUUUAUUAAUUUCAAGUAUUUUAUUCAAUGUAAAUAUAUUUUUUUGGAUGUUUUUUACAGAGAAUAAUUCCCAGAUUAGUAUGCGCACAUAUUUACCACUUAAUACGGAACUUAAAUUUUAAUCUUUGCAAAUGUUAUAGUUCAUAUAUGCUUUUAUUUUAUCAUAUAUGUAUUUAUAAUAAUAUAGUAUGCCCAAAUAUAUAUUAGCUGUGGAUAUAGAUUGGAUUCAAAACCGAAUUUUCGGUAAUUCUAUUAAUUUUAAAAACACAAAUUAAGCACAGUUACAUUCUAAUUMGAAUGGUUGGCUAAUACCAAUUUCAAGUUACUAUAAUUAACCAACGCUACAUGUAUCGCUAUAACUCGUUUAUUUAUGUAGUGAAAUACCAGUUUUUUUUAUUAAUUCCAUGU